AUGCAUUUAUCUCCGUACGUAUCUUACUCGGGUGUUCAGCGUGAUGUAGUCAUAACUCUUAGCUCGCUUGGUGUCUUAAUGGCUCUCAGCAUUCUACUACUGAUAGCCGGGUCGGUUGUGAAGUCUCGACGUCGCAAGUACCAAAGGGAACUGAUGGCUCAAAGUCGUUCGGUGUGGCUUACGCAGCAGUAUUCGAGGGAGGCGCAUAUGUCUGGCUCACGGGUAUCAAUAACGGACGCUUUGGAAGGACGGGGCUCUGAUGCCAUUCAAGAUUCUCCAGAACGAAAUUAUUCAACUUUAAAUAAAUAUAACAGCUAUGAAGAUAAUUUGAAUAUGAAAACGUCAAGAAGUAAUCUAAGAAACAAAAACAGCAGAGGUCAGCACUUUCCUCACGGUUCAAUGUAUCAACAGAUGGACCUUAAUGUCACAAGAAAUCUACUGAAUGGUGACAAUUUUAACUGUACACCGGAUUUAUUUACAUUGGAGUCGGAUGAGAUAUCUGACGGAAGAAACUCAUUUUUAGACAAUCUUAGUGAUUAUGAAUCAUCCUCUGAUAUGUCGGACUAUGAACAGAUGAAAUCCCAUCGAGAAUUUGAAAGAAAACGGAAUCACCAUCGUAAACAAAUUUAUUAUGAUACUGUUCCAACAAAGGAGGAUUAUCAAACUGAAACCGCAGGAUUUGCUUCAUCUGAUGUUUAA